AAUGCUUUAUUAGAUAUUACGUAAAUUCUGUUCAGACAGAUAAGAAGAAAAAGAUAUACUUAAAGUCGCUAGGAGUAAAACCACAUCAGUCAUCGUGUAAUAUUAACAAAUGUUACGUCUAUCUAUUCAAAUCAUUAAUUGAAUCGGUUGAAGGGCCUGGAAAUAAAGAGAAUUCGAUAGAACCCACAUUACUAGUUCGCAGACGCAGAAUGUUGCAGCACAACACGGUGGUUGUAAAGAACGCUAUGAAGCGUUAUGGGAAAGAAGAGUUGGUGCUCGACGGAUUGAAUAUGACGGUUUCAAACGGUUCCAUAUACGCGCUGUUGGGGGCCAGCGGAUGUGGCAAGACUACCCUGUUGUCCUGCAUUGUCGGAGUACAUGAUCUCGAUAGUGGAGUGGUGUGUGUCUUGGGGGGAUCUCCGGGCAGUAUGGGCUGCGGAAUUCCAGGGCCUCGGGUGGGUUAUAUGCCGCAGGAUACCUCUUUAGUCGAACUAUUUUCUACGAGCGAUGCUCUUCAUUACUUCGGCAGGAUCAAUGGGCUUGACGAUAAAGAGAUCGUUUAUCCAUGUUAUUUCCAAGAAACGAGACAUAGGUUUUUCUCGGAAUUGUUCCAACUGCCUCCAUCAAAUCAGUUGGUGAAGAACAUGAGUGGAGGUCAACGAAGAAGGGUUUCCUUUGUCGCCGCAUUGAUGCAUAAGCCCGAACUUCUAAUUCUCGAUGAACCCACCGUAGGUUUGGACCCAAUUUUGAGAGAAAACAUUUGGGCUUAUCUGAUCAAACAAACACAGGAGGAAGGCACCACCGUAUUGAUCACGACGCAUUAUAUCGAAGAGGCUAAAAAGGCUAAUAAAUACCUCUUCUGCUCCAGCCCAUAUCGUAUGAAACCAUAAUGCGCACAACGUCAUCGAAUGUUACCAGCGCUUCCUCUACUUGAAGCCUAUCUUCAUUAGACAGACUUUCCUGACCAUUUCGAGUAACUUCGAGUAUCUUUUCACCGAUUGAACAAUUUUCUCUCGCCAGUGGUCGAUUAGGAAUCACGAAACCGGAUUGCAAACUCUCUGGCCUAUGCAAUACCAAUCGGAAAGAAUUAGUAAAUGCAUUUAUCAUAAAGAUGAAUGAUACAAAUACUGCGCUUGUACGAAAUUUAUUGAUACAUUUUUAAUUAUAUUUCAUUUUGUACAUUUAUGUAUAUAUUUAUGUAUAUAU